CAAAGACUCCAGAUUCAAUCAAGUUUUUAAUAACGCAAUGAUCAAUUAUACCGCUAUUGGUAUCAAGGAGAUCCUGGAGUCCUACAAAGGAUUUGAGCAUCUCACCCAAUUGGUUCAAGUUGGUGGUGGUCUAGGAGUCACUCUGAACUUCAUCACUUCCAAAUACCCUUCCAUCAAGGGAAUUAAUUUCGACUUGCCUCGGGUUGAACAUGUGGGAGGAGAUAUCUUCCAAAGUGUUCCUAAAGGAGAUGCCAUACUUGUGAAGUGGAUACUACAUGAUUGGAGUGAUGAUCUUUGUGUUAAACUGUUGAAAAAUUGUUAUGAUGCCACACCUGACAAUGGAAAAGUAAUCGUUGUGGAUGCAAUCGCCCCAAAUUUGCCCAAGAAAGAUAUUGCUUCAAGGGCCAUUGCUCAGAGGGACGUGUUUAUUAUGAUUAAAAACCAUGGAGGGAAGGAAAGGACACAGCAUGAAUUCAUUGAGUUGGAAACUAGAGCCGGAUUCGGUGGCAUCAAAUAUGAAUGUUUAGUGUUUAAUACCUGGGUGGUCAUGGAGUUUCUUAAGUAAUAUAUUAUGUGGUGGAAACACACCCUAAUUUAAGAUUUAAAAAAAUAAUAAUAUUAAAGGUCAUAUCUUAAUCUUGUUAUAAUAUAAGAAAAGUUUAAAU